AUAAAAAUUAAAAAAAAAAAGAAAUUUGAAUUUUUUACGAUCUCUGUUUGUCUUGUGUAUUCUCCAUCGCUACUUGUGGUGAUCACUGAUCAAUGGCCAAACCCAAAGCUCCUAAGCGAACUCUCGAGUCUUACACAGUCAAACACAUCAACAAAACAAUUAAACCCGGCGACUGCGUUUUAAUGCGCCCGUCGGAUCCGUCGAAGCCUUCGUACGUGGCGAAGAUCGAGGGGAUCGAAUCCGACGCGCGUGGCACCAACGUGAAGGUGCGCGUGCGCUGGUACUACCGGCCGGAGGAAUCGAUCGGAGGCCGCCGGCAAUUUCACGGCUCUAAGGAAGUCUUCCUCUCCGAUCAUUAUGACCUUCAGAGCGCCGACACAGUCGAAGGAAAGUGUACGGUCCACAGUUUCAAGAGUUACACGAAGCUUGACGCCGUCGGAAACGACGAUUUUUUCUGCCGUUUCGAGUAUAACUCCUCCACGGGAGCUUUCAAUCCCGAUCGUGUCGCCGUGUAUUGCAAAUGUGAAAUGCCAUACAACCCUGACGAUCUAAUGGUUCAGUGUGAAGGAUGCAGCGAUUGGUUCCAUCCUACCUGUAUAAACAUGACUGCCGAGGAGGCUAAAAGACUUGACCACUUCUUCUGUGAAAAUUGCUCUACUGAAGGCCAAAAGAAGUUACAGAAUUCUCAUACCACAGCCAGACACUCAGAUACUAAGGUGGAUACAAAACGGCGUCGGAGGUGAUAGUAAGAACAUAAACAAGUCAAGAAUCAUCCCCUGUAAAUCUUUGCGUAGGCUUCGUGCAGACACCUUCCUGACAAAGUUUAGUUGUGAUUUAGUGGAAGAGGGAAAGUGGUCUGAAUAAGCUGUUUGUCUGACGGACAGACAGACAGACAGACAGACGGUGACCACGUUCUCCUUUGAAAGCUGAUGAUGUGUAUGAUUUUCUGUAAUAUGAUGUAAAUUCCCCCUCCUUUCUUUCCUCUUUCUGUCUUCUUUGUUUAUAUAUGAAAUAGGUUUGUGUAUAAUACAAAGUAUUUAGACUUUGAAGAGCAAUGGAUAAAAAGGUCUUUUCAUUUCUUA